AUGCCUACUGGAACCAACGUACCAAUCACUCAAGACUGGGGAGCAGUAAAUGUUGGAAAGAGCUCUACUUACAAGAAGCCAACAACUUCUCAUGGCAUCGACGCCGCCAAAAAAAAUGGAAUGCUUGCCACUGAGAGAAAAUAUGGAGCCGGGGGAAAUGCAUCUGCUCACACUGGCACAAUCAUGUCAGCAAGAAAGCUCGAGGAGGCCACUGAUGUUGGAAAAAUCGCAAAGGUCGACAAGUCCCUAAGUAAGGCCAUCAUGCAAGCACGUAUGGCGAAGAAAAUGACACAAAAGGAUCUCGCUACCGCCAUCAACGAAAAGCCGCAAGUAGUUGGACAAUACGAAUCUGGAAAGGCAAUCCCAAACCCUCAAGUCAUUAGCAAGCUAGAGCGCAAAUUGGGAGUCAAAUUGCCCCGUGGCGGAAAGAGCAAGGCACCACCAAAGGCCGGUGGAGCCACAAAAGCUGCCAAAGCUGGUCUCACCCGUGGAGGCCCGCCCAAGAGACGAUAG